ACCCGCGGAGUCGCUAGAGAGCCAAAAGAAGAGCCAAGAAAAUAGGAUGGACAUCACAUAUGCCGUGGAGAAUGCCCACGAUGAGAACAUAUUGACACACGACCUGCCCCUGGAGAAGGAGCUCUGGUAUUUCCAGCUAUACUUGUCGUUCAUGCUGUCGCUGCUGACGCUGGAGCCGCAUCCGGACGAUAGCUUCAAUUGCGACGAGGAGACGCUGCGCAUGCGACAGCAGCUGUUGAUCUAUAAGGCGGAGGUGGACGCCUUGGAUCGCAAUGCCGACGACUACUACGAGAAGAAGGAGCAGCUGAUCUUUAAGAUUUUCUGCGAAUUUCGCGGCCUUGUUUACGAGCCCGAGAUACUCGAGUGCCGCUGCGAAUUUGGCGCAGAUCUCAAUUGAAUGCCGUUUUGUGAAUAAAGCGCUUUUCAAGCAGUUCAGCUAAUGGCAUGCCCAGCUGUUGCUUCACUGU